CAUUGGCUGAGAAAUCAAUCCGUCUCAUGUUGAGAGAGCUCGGCAUUUAGCCUUGAUACUGUAGACAGCAUAACUAAUAAACCUGAAUUACUAAUACAGUGCUUUUGUUGUAUUCAACUUUUGAGGCGUUAAUGUCAAUUAAACCUAGGUUAUUUUUAUUUAUUUAUUGUCAUCUUCAACCUAGAGCGUAACCAGGAAGUGAGUGGGAGCGUGGAGACGAGGGGAUCUUUGGUGUGGAGGAGUGCGCUUCUCAGUGAGUGAUUCUUGUUAAACACUUUCACUUGAAAGUCGCAGCUACAAUGUUUUCUUCAAAGUAGUCAUGGCCCACGGGAAGUCGCCUUCCAAGACCCGGGGAUUAUGAUAUUAGUGCUGUAAUGUCUUUGUCAGAAUGAGUAAGGAGAACCUCAGCGACUGGCCCCCUUCCCAGACCUCUACAGAGGAGGAAGAGGAGGAGGAAGAUGAUGGGGAGCCCAAGGUGUGUCAGGUGUGUGGAGAUCGGGCUACAGGCUAUCACUUCAACGCCAUGACAUGUGAGGGCUGCAAGGGAUUCUUCAGGCGUGCCAUGAAGCACCCCACUAAGUUCUGCUGCCCGCGGCAGGGUGUCUGUGUCAUCACCAAGAACAACCGCCGCCAGUGCCAGGCCUGUCGACUCCACAAAUGCCAGUCCAUAGGCAUGCUGAAAGAGUCGUUUGUCUCUGUUGCCAUAGUGAUCAUGUCAAAGGAGGCUGUGGAGAAGAGGAGGAGUCAGAUCAGGAGGAACAGGAUGGUUGAAGAGCCCCCGGUCCUCUCGCCACAACAGGAAGCUGUCAUACAGGAACUGUUCAACGCCCAUGAAAAGACCUUCGACAUCACCUUUUCCCACUUCCAGUUCAGGCCCAUCGACAGAGACCUCAACCCCAUGUCUGUGUGGAACCAGACUGCCAGUGGGCAAAGUGUAAAACAGACUAGAAGAAUGGAUAACUUGUCAUCAUCUUACUCCACAUCCACCUCCACCAGCUUCUCCUCUUCCUCCUGUUCUUUAGAGGAUGAGGAGAAGGACAGGAGUGAUGGAGGGAAGAAUACGGUUUUCACCACUCUGCCCGAUGAAGCUGACCUUACCACCAACAUGGAGGAGAAGAAGAAGGAGGAGAAGGAGAAGAAGGAGGACAGGAGUGAUGGGGGGAAGAAUACAGUUUUCACCACUCUGCCCCACAUAGCUGACCUCACCACCUACAUGAUCCAAAACAUCAUCAACUUUGCCAAAGGACUCCCCUCCUUCAGGGCCUUGGCCAUAGACGACCAGAUCUCUCUGUUGAAGGGGGCCAUGUUUGAGAUGAUGCAGAUCCGCUUCAACAUGAUGUUCAAUGUCAAGACGGGCAUCUGGGAGUGUGGUCCCCUGACGUACUGCAUGGACGACGCUGUCCGGGCUGGGUUUCAGCGCCACCUGUUGGACCCUCUGAUGCGGUUCCACUACACCCUGAGGAACCUACAGCUGCAGGAGGUGGAGUAUGUUCUCAUGCAGGCCAUCUCCCUCUUUUCUCCAGAUCGUCCGGGUGUGAUCAAUCAUGGUGUGAUUGAUAGUCUGCAGGAGAAGCUGGCUAUUGCGCUGAAGGUCCACAUCGACUCCAAGAGGGCCAAGCCUGAGAAACACCUGCUGUACCCUAAGAUUCUGGCGUGUCUGACGGAGAUGAGGACUAUGAAUGAGGAGUAUACCAAACAGGUUCUACAGAUUCAGGACAUCCAGCCAGGCAACUCAUUUGACCCACUCAUCCUGGAGGUGGUCAGCAAGGACCCCUGAGACAGACACACCAAGACAGGCAGCAGCAGGGAUGCCUAAAUCACUUUCCGUCAGGUUUCAACAAGGACAUCUAGGGAGAAUCUCAAUGACAUGCUCCUUGUGUCCUCUCUCCUCGACUCCUCAAAAUCCAUUGGAUGAAAGAGCCAGAGGUCCCUCCCUUCCGACCUUCUCUUCCUAUGGGUUUUGAGAAGGAGGCGAGAAGAAAGGACGCAAGGAGUAUGUAAUUGAGAAAAGGACCUAAAUCACUUUCAGACAGGUUAAUCCACUUACCUCAGCCCGAUAUAAAGAACGGAUGCCUAAAUAAUUGUGACAGGCUUCAACAGAGACAUGUAAAACUGCCUAUGGGGUGAUUUAAUCAUUUUCCCUCUCAUGAAUGUAGCUUUUAUUUUAUUCAAAAUAUAUCAAAAUAUAUCAAAAGAGCUAUACGUAGUUUUUAUACUUAGUUUUUUAACGUGUGCUUGCUUGUAUGUUUUUUUCUUUCAUCAUUCAAUUAUGCAUAUUGCCAACACAAAAUGAUUGUCAGAGACUCAGACAAUUGUGUUUAAAGCACUAAUGCAAAAUCAUCUUAUACAGGACUGAACGAGGGGAUGUCCCCUAUGGUUCUACAGAGGUUUAAGGAGUGAUUUUGUUUUCUGUGAAAAACACUCUUUGGCUGCUGUAUUUCCUAAAGCUGGUCAAGUGCCUCCUUAAGUGCGAGACAAAAUAAAUCUUGUACAUAUCAAUUUAUCCUCAUCACAGACAUGUCACAGGUGAAAAGAACAGUACAUUCAGAAUCUACAUGUGAUAUACAUCAUCGUAUAUGUAUUGUUAACGUUACAAAUGAUGCAGGUACCUGUAUUCUGUGUUUUAGUGUAUUUGUGUUUUUGCCUUGUUACGUGAAUGUUUGCUUGUUUUUUUCUAGACAUGUACAGACGUGUGUUUGGCUGUGUGAGCGUUGGGUCAUGGUUGUCGUUGGUGUUUUCUGCCUUAAAUAUUUAUCUUUCUGUGUGCUGUAACACUAGUAGACACACAGGACCUCCAUGGCUAGAACGUAAUGACUUUUGAACUUUGUUUUGACAUACUAGUCCUACCUCCCAUGAGCUCAGGUCUACAAUUCCUUAGGCUUUCCUCCUUCUAUUAGUGUACGGCCACACAAAGAUUUGGUGUCUGAAAUGUAUGGAUUGAGACAAUCGUUUUUCAAUGGACGUCAUCAGAUAAUGCAGCCUGGUCUCGUAGACUAGAUGUAACAUAUUAAAUACGGGACACUCAAAUGAGCAUGAUAGGUUACAUUUGGAAUGGUUACAUAAGACAGAUGGAUACUUCAGGCAAAAACAAAAGUAGGGUGAUUGGUGUAUAUCGCAACAGUCUAGUAACCCAAAGGUUGAGAGUUCAAAUCUCAUCACGGACAAUUUUAGCUAAUUAUCAACCUUUCAACUACUUACUACUUUUUAGCUACUAUGCAACUACUUAGCAUGUUAGCUAACCCUUCCCCUAUCCCUAAUCUUAACCCUUCCCCUAACCCUUUAACCUAACUCAUAAACUUAACCUUAACCCUAACACCUAGCCUAGCUAAUAUUAGCCAGCUAGCUAACGUUAGCCAUCUACCUAGAAUUCGUAACAUAUUGUACAGCAGCAAAUUCGCAGCACAUUGUACGUUUUUCUAAUUUGUAACAUAUUAUACGAAAUGGGUGAUGGACAACCACAAAUGAAUACAUAUCAUACUAAAUGGAGAGUCUCAGAUUUAUGUACAGAAUAAUAGGAAAUACUUUGCGACCAGGUUGGAUAAUGGAUGAUAAUCUGUAAAAAAAACACACAAGAUGUCUGCCUUGCAUGUGUAUGUAACUCAUCCAGAAAACAGUUGAGUAGAAUGGUGAACGCAUUUGCAUUUUCAUGUCUCAACUGAAAAUCUCACUUUUUAAAAGUUCAUAUUCUGUUAACUCAUGCGUCAUACCCAAAUAAUGGUGUUGACUCAUCCUAUACAAAGCAUAAAUUGGAGAAAAACACUUCAAACGACCCACCUCAAACUUGUAUCUCAAACAGUGUUUGUUUGAGGUGGUCCUAUGUGUCUCAGUCAAUAGAGUAUGGUGUUUAUAAGGGUUGUGGGUUUGAUUCCCGCUGGGGCCACCCAUAUGGAAAAUCUAUGCACGCAUGACAUAAGUCGCUUUCGAUUAAAAUGUCUGCUGAAAUGUUAUAUUAUCAGCAGUCUACUCACAUGCACUUUCUGAAUGACCGGUAUAGACCCACUCCAUUCCAACACAGAAAAUAUGCUUUUUUAACGUAAGUAAUGACCAUUUUUGGGAAAGAAAACUAUUUCACUCAUUGUAUUUAAUUAUAGGUCAUAUUUCAUAGAAAUCUGGAAACACUGGACAGUUUUUUUAAGCUCUUUUGUAUGUUAAAAUAAAAGUUCUACAUUUAAA